ACUGUCGACCACCUCACUCUACUAGUAUUACUGUGCUUUAUUUCAACUUCUUACUGGUCUUCGUCUGCUAGAGGUGUAGUGACUAUCUGGUCAACCACUAGGGAGAAACGGCAUUUGGAGUAUCACACUCAUUGAAGAUCAAAGCGCUGUCAUUGGCUCAUCACCGACGACCGUCAAGCUUGCUAGCAAGGCGAAUAUCCUGAUCAAUUAUAACUCCCCAAUCAUCCAUCUCACCGUCAUCCAAUGGCGACACUCACUCAGACAGCCCCGCCCCGAACGUCCUCACCUCUUCCUCCUGUGACAGAAGGUAAAUGGCCGCGCACAGCCUCGCUUCCCUCCCCUGCCACGCCCGCCAAAGCAGGCCCACAGCGGGCUGCCACCACACCCUCCCCGAGGCUGGGGAAGGGUUCUCUUGUACCCGAUGACAGCGUGGAAGGUUCUGAGUUGGCAUGGGAGAGCAGAGCUGUAAGGCAGAGGGAACUGGAACUGGAAAAGCAGAUGGGAAGGCAGAGAGAGCCAACCGUGAACCCUUAUCACCUUCUUUCUGAACAACUUGUUUCCUCCCACAGUCCACCACCGCACAUCGUUCGCGUCACACCUCAUCGAGUAGACAUGCGACCGCCCUUCCCUGAGCCGUCGCACGAGCACUUUCUCCCGAAGCUGGCACACGAAGUCCGCGACACCGUUCAUCGGGCAGUGGAUCAUGUCGCCCACCCCCAUCACGACAGCUCUGCAUUGGCGAUGAGCGCCGCUGCCGCUCCUGGCGAGAGGCAGAUGGAAGUUCAGGUAGAUCCUUUGAGGAGGAAGGUUUCACUCUCCCCUGCACGGCACGGUAGCGGUGACAAUACCACCCCACCCACCGCACCGCUGGCAUCAACAUCAGCCUCCCCCCCCAUGCUCGCUCAUCUCCAACUCGCGCGAAGGACGAAAGACCUGCCUCCCGCGCCCAUGGGCGCUCCGCCUUCCCCGCCGGCCUCUGAGCGCGCAGCCAACGACGGGCCCGACCUGGAAGACGUGCUCGAGCUCGAUGAAGAGGAAGCGCUCUCCGCCUCGGAUGGAACGGGCGACAUGCCCCCUCUGAGUGCGCCUAGCCACGUAGGAACGUCUUCUUCUCCAACAACAGAGAGCACGCUAGCGACCCCGCUUCCCGGUCAAUCGUUUACAGCAUCUCACCCCCUACCGCAAUUGCCAGGUCCAGGACGGCAGCCAACGCCGAAAUACUUCCCGCCUUCCCCCGUCACCCCACGCACAGCCCGUGGUCGCCGAUCUCCAGAGCGUGCGGCUUCCGAUCCCUCCCAAUCGCAACAAGCGGACUACUUUGCCCCUCGCACCGGCGACGGGAUUCUUCUUCCUUCCCCGACGCCCAAAUCGGGCAGUACCCCCGGUGGCGUCCAGCAGCUGCCACGCCUUCCAUCAAGCGCAUCAGCCCCGUAUCCCAGAAUACUGAGAAACGACGAGCCGCUGGAGGACUCUCCAACGGGCACUCCCCCGGAUCUAGGGCUUACUCCAGGUGCAGCGGGAGUGAUGUUCACCCAAAGCUCCGUACCGGUCAGCUCAAGCUCCGCCCCAGAUAGCUCCUUCCUUUCCCCCGAAUCUGCGCGACAGCCGCAUCCACACUCCUACUCCCACCCGCCACUCCACCCGCACGGCCAAGCGGGCUCGUCCCGCAUGCCAGCAAGGAGGAAUACGACUGGGAGUCGGCCGACCAGAGCGCUCAUAGCCGCGCAUAAUGGGCAUUUAUCGGCUGGCGGGCAUCCGCCUGGCUCUCCUCCCACGCCUCAAGCUCCCAGUGCUGGCACGGGCGUAGAAGGCGAACCUCAGGAAGGAGACGGAGAGCUGGACAGCGACAUCCUCAAGAUGCGCGACAGGAUCGAGCGGGAGAGGCAGAGCAAGCGGGCUAAGGCGGCGCAUGAGGCUGAGGAGGCGGAGAGGGAGCGACUUGCUCAGGCCGAAGUGGAUCAUGCGGAAGCCGUUACCCCACAAGCGGGCGCUACGGGGUUGAGGCGGACUGCUACCCGGCAAGGACUCGGCGCGCUGGGGAAGGAGAGCCAGGACAAGGAAAAGGAGACUGCGCUCAUGGGCAACCUUAUUGGGGAGAAACACCCGAAUUAUAUCCUUAUGUACAAUAUGUUGACUGGGAUCAGGAUUGGCGUGUCCAGAUGCCAGGCAAAGGUCAAGCGGCCCUUGACUGACGACGAUUAUCUGGCUAAGCACAAGUAUUCGUUUGAUAUCGUUGGGAACGAACUCACUCCAUCGGCCAAAUAUGAUUUCAAAUUCAAAGACUAUGCACCAUGGGUGUUCCGCGAGCUCCGGGAAGAGUGUUUCCAUCUCGACCCGGCGGACUACCUUCUCUCCCUGACGGCAAAGUACAUCUUGACCGAGCUCGGCUCGCCGGGCAAGUCUGGCUCGUUCUUCUACUUCUCAUCCGACUAUCGAUUCAUCAUCAAGACGAUCCAUCAUUCGGAGCACAAGUAUCUCCGGUCCAUCCUGAAAGACUACCAUGAGCACAUCAAGGCGAACCCGCAUACCCUGCUGUCGCGUUUCUAUGGCCUGCAUCGUGUCAAGCUGCCUAGAGGAAGGAAGAUUCACUUCGUGAUUAUGAACAACCUCUUCCCGCCACAUCGUGAUAUCCACGAGACGUACGACCUGAAGGGCAGCACGGUGGGGCGUUCACUGAGCGAGGAGAAGAUCCGACAGAAUCCGCGGGCGGUGCAGAAGGAUCUCAAUUGGAUAAACAACCACAAACAACUCGAGUUUGGCCCUGAAAAACGCGCGCUGUUCAUCGAGCAGAUUCGGAGGGACACUGAAUUCCUUAGAAGAGCCAAUGUGAUGGACUACUCGCUCCUCGUCGGUAUACACAACAUGCAACGUGGGAACAGGGAUAACCUGCGACGGAAUACACUCCAUGUCGUCCAGCCUCACGACGGGCCAAUGCGGCGGAAGCCCUCGCAGAUGAAGGGUCACAGGGACGUUGGCGCGUUCACUGCAGGAGCGAUGCGUCGGGCAAUUCGGCAGUCCGAGGUCAAGCCUGUAGAAUCACAGACGAAUCUCGCCGAGGAGAACCUAUGGGACCGCCAGAACUUCAUCUUCUACCAGGAUGAGGGUGGGUACCGAGCGACGGACGAAUACAACCAGCCUCUCCCAACGAUCUACUACCUUGGUGUGAUCGACAUCCUCACGCCGUACACGCCGUUUAAGCAAGUGGAGAAUUUUUGGAAGGGCCUGAGCGCGGAUAGGCACAAGAUCUCCCCUGUCCCGGCAGUUGAGUACGGCGAACGGUUUUGGCGGUUCAUGAAUGCCGUCACACGAGGUGGCGGGGGAGGUGAGAGCUUCCUGCCAGUGGACAAGCACAAGAAACGGUCGAUCUUGGAGGACGGCGAAGACCCGGGAAUGAGCGAAAAACGUCCUAUUGCCCUCGUCGACCAUGGUGUUGUUGCUGCUGCGAGCAGUGGAUUAAAUCAGCCUGGGAUGAGCGCCAGUCCACCCUCGGCCGCCCAAAUUGCGAACAUGACAGAGAAACCGCUUCCGCCGCUCAACGGGAAAGACAAGGUCGAGUAGCCUUCUAUGUUCCUCGGACUGGCUGUUUUUUUUCUUCCUCUUUCACUUCUGAAGUACAAGACGUGUACAAAACCCAGACAUACAUCAACCCACACGCUCCUUCGCUCUAUUUUCCUAUCACCUUUCAUCUCCGCACAUCCUUACAAUACACAAUCACUCCUAGACUAACACAUCGCGUUCCAUAUACCCUACUUGUGUGCAUACUAUACGGAAUCAAA